UUUUGCUAUUCUUACAUUUAUAAAUUUUGUUAGAACAAAUAAUAAAAUAGUGUUAUUUGACGUUGCUUUUGCUUACAUUUAAAAAAAAUAUUUGUUAUGAUUCAAAUAUGGCUGGUGAUAAAGUAGUUGGUUGUUCUUCGCAUCUAAGCAAAGAAAAAGUACAUCAAGAAAGUACUUGUAAUGAAAACUUAAAUUUAGAAGAAGAAUUUGCAGAGCCUAUUGAAUAUGUACCUUGUCCUGAAUUUCAUUUUUCGACAAUAACUUGUUGUUUUUGCAAUGGAUAUUAUGGACCAUGUUUUGAAGAACCUGUUUGCUCAACAUGUCAUGCAUUUUUAUUUCCUAAUGAUAUUGGUUUUUUGCAAGUUCCUAUUUUCAGUGAAAAAACGGAUGAUGAAGAUUCAGGAAAUGAUGAACCAACAGAACUUUAUUAUAAUCAUGAAAGAAGAGCUAGUCAACAGCAACAAAAUUCUCCACAAAAUGCAAUUUCAAAUGUAUUAAAUGUACCUAAUAUUCCCAAUAUAAACUGUCAUAUAGCACAAUGUUCUAGUUUAAAAAAUGAAAAUAUUUUAGUUAUGCAAAAAAUACAUCAUGGUAUAAAUACAUAUAGUUUUAAGAAUACAACAAUUGUAUCACAAAAUGUACAGCUUUCACAUAACAUGGAUUCUAAUAGUAUGCAAAAUAUAAAUAAUGGAAAUAAUGAUACUCAUCAUGAAAAAUAUAAAGAAAAAGUUUCCACUUUUAAUUGUGAAUCUAUGGCAGAUGGAGAAUUACAUAAUAAGAUUCCAAUCAAGAGAGUUAAAGAAGUAGAAAAUCGUCCACAUUAUCAUUGGAAUUAUAAAAAUAAUAUGGGAGAAAUGUCAAGAUCAUAUAAUUUAUCUGAGCGAUUAGAAAUGUUAACAAAUUAUAAACAUGUUGAACAUGAAUCUAUUUCAGAAUUAGGUUUAAUGGAAAGAUUACCACCUGAAGUGUUAUUAGUUGUUUUUUCACAUUUGGAUGAUGUUAGUCUUUGGUCAGCUGCAAAUGUUUGCCGUAGAUGGUGUGGUUUGUUAUCGACGCAUGUAACAUCACAACAAUGGCAACAAAAUGUUAAAUUACGGUGGCCUUUAUACAAACCUAUUGGAAGUGUUAAAAAUUGGUAUAAAGUUUAUGAUUUUUUGGCUUCUUCAGCACCUUGCAGAACAUGUUUAGCACAAACCUGUUUGAGAUCGCGAUCACCAAGAAUUCAAGAAAAUUCAUGGAGAAAAAAUCGAUUACAUAGUGAACUUAAAAGUUUAAGAAUAGAUCCUCCCGAAGGUAUUGAAGCAACACCUUUAGAUCAAAUGUGUUGUCAUUGGCAAGCUACUAUAACUGGACCUGUAGGAAGUCCAUAUGAAGGAGGUUUAUUUUAUCUUUAUCUACAAGUACCAUGCAGUUAUCCUUUAUAUCCACCAAUAGUAAGAUUCCUCACAAAAAUACUUCAUCCAAAUGUUUCUAGACAUGGUGAUGUUGGUAUAGACUCAAUACAUCAUAAUUGGUCAUUAGCAUUGACAAUUUCAAAAGUAUUAAUCAGUGUUCAAAGUUUACUUACGGAUCCUUAUUGUCAGGUUUGUAUGGAACCAGAAUUGGGUGAAAUGUACAUGAAUGAUCGUGAAAAAUUUGAUGAAAUUGCGAGAGCAUGGACAUGGCGAUAUGCUAUGCAUGAUGUUGUAACUCCAUUAUAAAUAAUUUAUAAAUAUCUUAUUUCUUAUAUAUAAGAUGUCAAAAAAGAGUUACAAACUUUAAUAAUGCACAGUGUUUGCUAAAAUAAAAAAAAUCACUUUAAUUUACUAUUUAUAUAUACUAAACAAAUUUUAUAGUUCGAAAGUAUUUUUAUUUAUCAAAAAAAACAUAAAAAAUUAUCAAUUUAAUGUAUAUUACUAAUUGUCAAUCACAAAUUUGUUUUGUUAAUAUCAAAAUAAAUAUAUAAUUUUAAUUUAUUUGUUGCAUAAUAACCAUAAUAUGAAAAUAUUAU